AUGAAUAACUCCGCAACGAGCUCCAGAAGCCGUGGCGAUUCAGAAGUUGUAAGCAAAAAACGUAAAAUUGAUCACAAAGUCGACGGUUCCAUUGUCAAAGUAGUAUUGAAGAAUUUCAUGACUUUUACUGAAGUUACAUAUACUCCACAUUCAAAACUGAAUUUAAUAAUUGGGCCCAAUGGUUCUGGAAAAUCGUCAAUUGUUACAGCUCUCAUAUUAGGAUUUGGUGGUAAUCCAAAGGACAUUAAUAGAGGAGACAAAGUCAGUCAGUUUGUAAAACUAGGCAAAUCCGUAGCAGAUAUUUCGAUAGAACUUUAUAAGAGAUCGAAUCAAAAUAUACAUUUGAGAAGAACAAUAUUCGCCAGCAAUGAUACUUGUCACUAUUAUGUCAACAGUAUUUUAGUCUCAAAAAAAAAAUACUCUGAUAUUGUUGAAAGUUUUAACAUAAAAGUACACAACUUAUGUCAGUUUUUACCACAAGACAGACUUGAAGAUUUUUCUAAAUUAGAUUCUAAAGGUUUAUUAUUAAAUGCUUUACAAAGUAUUGAAAAUCAAGACUUAUUGAACAAUUUUGAAAAGUUGAAAACUCUUGCUGUUAGCAUAACUUCAUAUGAUAGUGAUCAAAAGAAAUUACAAGAUAAUAUCAGAUUAGAGAUUGCUGUAAAUUUAAAACUCGAAACAAUUGUUAGUUCAUUUACCCAAAAAAAAUUAUUGGAAGAACAAUUAUUGGUUGUAUUACAGAAGAGAUGUUGGUCCUUAUAUAUGUUGGCUUGGAAACAAAUUUCUAGUGAAAAAAAAAAAUUUGAAGAGUCAAAAAAACAUAAUAAGGAUGCCUUGGUUCUUAUUAAUCAGCAGAGAGAUAGAAUCAAAAGGAAACAGUCAGGAGAAAUAAAUCUGAAAAAUUUGGUUCUUCAGAAUGCAAAUGCAGUAUUUAAGUUAAUUGAUAAACUUAAUAAUCAAGUUGGAGCUGCCAAUUGUCAUGUAUCUGAUAUAAAUCAAUUGAUAAAAGCACUUAAAAAAAAUUCAAACAAAAUAGAAGACCUUGCAGAGUCCAUAUCAUCUAUGGAAGAGAAGUUACAAAGUAUAAAAAAUGAAACAUUCAAUGUUGACGAGUGUAAACUGGAACUUCUCGAAAUUGAUAAAAAUAUCAAAAGCAUCGAUGCAAAUAUUUACCCUGUGAAAAGCAAUUUAGAAAGUAUUAAAAGCAAACUAAGAGGUCUAACUGAAAAAAUGUGUGCCAUUGAUCAACAACUUGAACUUGAAAAAAGAAAAGAAGAUGGCAAAAAUCAAUUACUGCAGAGAAAGUUUCCGGAAAUGUGGAAAGCAAUAAAAUGGCUAAAAAACUGCGAUAAGUCAUCAAUUUUUCAUGGACAAGUAUUUGAACCAUUAUUCACUCAGAUUGAAGUACGUGACCAAAAAAAUGCCAAGUACAUAGAAAAUAUUGUUAAUUAUCGUGAUAUGAUUGCAUUUGUUUUUGAGUAUGCAGAAGAUCUGACUACAUUUAAUAAAAUAGUAAAACAAGAGCAUUGGAAAAAAAUUAAUUCAAUCUCAGCUCCACCUGCCAAUUUUAAAGUUAACGAGAUACCAAAUUAUGAUAUAAAUAGUUUGAGAAAAUUUGGCUUCCAUACUUAUGCAUUAGACAUGAUACAAGCACCACCUGUCAUAAGGAGAUAUCUAGCUAGAAGUUACGACAUGCAAAAUAUUCCUAUUGGUUCCAAGGAAGUUUUGAAUCAUAUGCAGAGUUUACCCAGUAAUAUUGGCUUCUUUUUUGCAGAUAAUGAUCAAGUUAGUAUAAGAACUUCAAACUAUACGGGAGAAAAAAUCACACGACAAACACAAAUAUCAACUGAGGCACAAUUUUUGCUGUUUUCUGUAGACUCAAAUUUGAUUCAAUCUCUGGCAACCAAGAAAGAAGAAGCUAGAGUAAAUUGUGAACAUUUUACUCAAAAACAAACUGAAAUUAUUAAUCACCUUAGAGUUGCCGAAGACAGUCGUCAACCUUUUUUUGAAAGGAAAAAAGAAAUACAAGGAAGUUUUAUGAAAUUUCAAAACAGGCAACAAGCUUAUGAUAAAAUGGUAAAAGAUAUGGAGUUCAAACAAAGUGAACUUAAAACAGAAAAAGAAAGAUCCACAAAAUUAUUAAGCCAAAAUUCGCAACUAAUCAAUAAGUACUUUGAUUCAAUGAAUGAAGCUGUUGCGACGCUGGACAGUUAUUCAACUAGUAUGAUAUAUCUGAUGAGUUCUGUCUUUGUUGUUAGCAAUUGUUGCGUUGACAUGGAAGAUGAAAACAAAGUUUUGAAGCAAUUAAAGACACUCUAUGUAACUAACCUGAGCAAUUUCAGCGAUUACCUGAAGUACCUACAAAAGUUGGAAUCGGAAUUCAAGAAAAUGCUAGAUGUAGCUGUACAUUGGACUAAUGGAUUGUCUCCAUACGAUAGAACUUUAUUUCAAACCAUGAUUGAAAAAUUUGAUAGUAUAGAACAGAAUGAUGUUGAUGAUUUAGAUGUAUUAAUUGUUGAGAAAAAAGCCAAACUCAAUUGUCUAAAUAUCGAUCCAAACGCUCCUCAGUUAAUAAAAGAAUACAAGGAACGCAAGAUAAAAAUAAAGAAUUUAGAAAAGAAAUUAGAAAAUUUAAACCUCAAUGCUCAAACCAAAGAACAUGAAAUUGAAAGAUUACACUCUGAAUGGUUGCCGAAAAUUCAAGAACUUACUACCUUGUUGUCUGUUAAUUUCCAGAAAUUUCUCAAUUCGUUUGGUUGUAGUGGCCUAAUUGACUUGGAUAUUGGUGUAACGAGGUACGAUUUCCAAGCAUAUGGGCUUUUGAUAAAGGUGCAAUUUCGCAAUGACGUUCCUUCGCUUAGGUUAUUAGAUGCCAAAAGCCAAAGUGGUGGUGAACGUGCUUUGACAACGGCUCUAUUUUUGUUAUCCCUUCAAGAAGUUACACAUUUUCCAUUCAGAAUUGUUGAUGAAAUUAAUCAGGGCAUGGAUAAAGUAUAUGAAAGGAAACUGAUGGAACUGUUUAUGGAGUUAUUUCAAGAUAGAAACAAUCAGUAUUUGGUUGUCACACCAAAGUUGAUCAAGAAUCUUUCAUUUAAAAACACCACAGUGGACAUUAUAUUUUGCAUUGAUAAAUAA